UCGCGUGUAGUGCCACACCGCUUACGUUUCCCCUCUCUCUCUCUCUCUCUCUGUCUCUCUCUCUCCUCGACGUCUCCUCCUCCGCAGCACAUCGAUCGAUCGAUCAAUCCAUCGAUCUACACCUUCGGAUCCCUCUCUCUCGUGAUCUCGUCGCCGGGGAGUCUCAUCACGUCGUUCUCGAUCCCCAUCGAUCGCCCUCUUUCUCUGUUCUCGGGUAUCGUUGAUCGAGUUCUUUUACAUGCUUUGGAAAACAAUGAAGUAAUGUGUUGCCAGGGGAAAAGGAAAACAGGAGGAGAGAGUAGUAUGAGGUUUUAGGAGGCGAAAACUGUUACAUUUGAUGUGAAACUUUCGGCCUGUAAUUAUCUGAUGAUCAGAGUGUGAAGUAGCAUGUACCUAUGAUUCUCUGUCAACAAUGAAACGUAUCGUGUAUAUCAAUGAUGAGUCAUGCCAGGAUUUAUAUUGUGACAACCGAGUAUCUAACCGGAAAUAUACAUUAUUGAAUUUUCUUCCAAAGAACUUAUGGGAGCAAUUCAGGCGUUUCAUGAAUCAGUACUUUUUGCUGAUCGCAUGCCUCCAACUAUGGUCUCUCAUUACACCUGUAAAUCCUGCUAGCACUUGGGGUCCGCUUAUUAUUAUCUUUGCAGUUUCUGCAACAAAAGAGGCAUGGGAUGACUACAAUAGGUAUCUUUCGGACAAGCAAGCAAACGAGAAAGAAGUAUGGGUUGUAAAGAAUGGUGUUCGGAAACAUAUUCAAGCACAAGACAUUUGUGUUGGUAAUGUAGUAUGGCUACGGGAGAAUGACGAAGUACCAUGUGAUCUUGUUUUGAUUGGAACUUCUGAACCACAAGGGACUUGCUAUGUUGAGACUGCUGCUCUAGAUGGAGAAACUGAUUUAAAGACAAGGGUAAUUCCGCCUACAUGUGUUGGGCUGGACUCAGAACAGUUGCACAGAAUCAAGGGUGUUAUUGAAUGUCCAAACCCAGAUAAGGAUAUUAGAAGAUUUGUUGCAAAUAUGCGGCUGUUUCCUCCCUUUAUUGAUAACGAUAUAUGCCCCUUGACCAUCAAUAACACUCUUCUGCAGUCAUGCUAUCUAAGAAAUACAGAAUGGGCUUGUGGAGUUGCUGUUUAUACAGGCAAUGAAACCAAGUUGGGAAUGAGUAGGGGUAUACCAGAGCCCAAACUUACUGCUAUGGAUGCAAUGAUUGAUAAGCUUACUGGAGCAAUAUUUUUAUUUCAAAUUGUCGUAGUUGUUGUCCUAGGGUUUGCUGGCAAUGUUUGGAAGGAUACUGAAGCUCGCAAGCAAUGGUAUGUGAAGUAUCCUGAGGAAGGACCAUGGUAUGAGCUCUUGGUCAUCCCUCUCCGUUUUGAGCUACUAUGUUCAAUCAUGAUUCCCAUUUCUAUAAAGGUCUCUUUAGAUCUGAUGAAAAGUCUAUAUGCCAAGUUCAUUGACUGGGAUGAGGACAUGUUUGAUGCAGAAACUAAAACACCUGCUCAUGCUGCAAACACAGCUAUCAGUGAGGAUUUGGGACAGGUUGAAUAUAUUUUGACAGAUAAAACUGGGACCCUGACAGAGAAUAGAAUGAUCUUUAAAAGAUGCUGUAUUAAUGGCAUAUUUUUUGGGAAUGAAAGUGGGGAUGCUCUCGAAGACGUUGAACUGCUGAAUGCUGUUGCCAAUAACAUACCACAUGUCAUCAGAUUUCUCACAGUCAUGACACUUUGCAAUACUGUUAUUCCUAUCAAAAGCAAAAGUGGAGCAAUCUCAUAUAAAGCACAAUCCCAGGAUGAGGAUGCUCUUGUUAAAGCCGCUGCUCAGCUGCAUAUGGUGCUUAUUGGCAAAAAUGGCAAUAUUAUUGUUGAGGUUUUUGCAGAAAUCAACUUUAAUGGCUCUAUUCUUCAAUAUGAGGUACUGGAUAUACUAGAGUUCACCUCUGAUCGAAAAAGAAUGUCAAUGGUGGUGAAAGAUUGUCAGACUGGGAAGAUUUUUCUCUUGUCGAAAGGCGCAGACGAGGCAAUUUUUCCUUGUUCUAAUUCAGGGCAGCAGAUAAGAACUUUCAUGGAUGCUGUAGAACAGUACGCUCAGCUAGGAUUGCGUACGCUUUGUUUGGGGUGGCGUGAGUUGAAAGAAGAUGAAUAUAUAGAAUGGUCCCAUAUGUUUAAAGAAGCCAGUAGCACAUUAGUUGAUCGGGAGUGGAGGCUUGCUGAGGUUUGCCAAAGAUUAGAGCAUGACCUUGAGAUCCUUGGGGUUACCGCAAUAGAGGAUCGCCUGCAGGAUGGGGUACCAGAAACUAUUGAAAUACUGAGGAAGGCUGGAAUCAACUUCUGGAUGUUGACUGGUGAUAAGCAAAGCACGGCUAUUCAAAUUGCUCUUCUUUGCAAUUUUAUUUCAUCAGAACCCAAGGGACAACUGUUGUUUAUCAAUGGGAAAACUGAAGAUGAAGUGGCAAGAAGCUUAGAGAGAGUGCUGCUUACAAUGAGGAUAACUACUUCUGAACCUAAGGAGUUGGCAUUCGUUGUGGAUGGUUGGGCCCUUGAAAUUAUUCUAAAGCAAUAUAAGGAAGCUUUCACUGAAUUGGCAAUUCUAUCAAGAACAGCAAUCUGCUGCCGUGUGACACCUUCACAGAAAGCUCAGCUAGUUGAGCUUCUGAAGUCCUGUGAUUACCGAACUUUGGCAAUUGGUGAUGGUGGAAAUGAUGUAAGGAUGAUACAACAGGCUGACAUCGGUGUGGGAAUCAGUGGAAGGGAAGGACUCCAAGCUGCAAGGGCCGCUGAUUAUAGCAUCGGGAAGUUUAGGUUCCUGAAAAGGUUGAUACUUGUUCAUGGCCGAUAUUCAUACAACCGCACGGCAUUUCUUUCGCAGUAUUCUUUCUACAAGUCUCUAUUGAUUUGCUUUAUACAGAUUAUUUUUUCAUUUUUAUCAGGUAUCUCUGGAACUAGCUUAUUCAACUCUGUGAGCCUGAUGGCUUAUAACGUCUUCUACACGAGUAUACCUGUUUUGACUGUUGUUCUCGACAAGGAUUUAUCUGAAAGGACGGUGAUGCAACAUCCCCAGAUCCUAAUUUAUUGUCAAGCUGGAAGGCUUCUAAAUCCAAGUACUUUUGCUGGAUGGUUUGGACGGUCAGUAUACCAUGCGAUUGUCGUUUUCUUGAUAACCAUCCAUGCAUAUGCUGAUGAGAAAAGCGAGAUGGAAGAGCUUUCAAUGGUCGCUCUCUCAGGAUGUAUUUGGUUGCAGGCCUUUGUUGUCACACUGGAGAUGAAUUCUUUCACUAUUCUGCAAAUUCUCGCUAUAUGGGGAAACUUCGUGGCUUUCUAUGUCAUCAACUUCAUAGUCAGCAGUAUACCAUCAGCUGGGAUGUACACCAUCAUGUUUCGCCUUUGUACGCAACCUUCUUACUGGAUAACUAUGGUUCUCAUUGUUGCACUAGGGAUGGGCCCUGUUCUCGCUCUAAGAUACUUCAGAUACACAUACAGACCUAGCGCAAUUAAUAUACUCCAGCAGGCAGAGCGUUCUCGUGGGCCCAUCUAUUCCUUGGGAAUGCUCGAGUCUCAGCUCAAGUCGGUGGAGAAGGAUGUCGCUUCGCUAUCAAUAAAUCAACCCAAGAGCAGGAGCUCUGUGUACGAGCCCUUGCUCUCCGAUUCGCCGACAGCAACGAGAAGAUCCAUCGGGCCGUCGGCGUUCGACUUUUUUCAGUCUAUGCCGUCCAGGAUCUCGUCGUCUUACAUGAGAAAUUGCAAAGAUAAUUGAUUUUUGAUGCUUUUUCACUAACACACAGAUUAUUCACAGAUCUUUUUGUUUGCUACAGGGACGAUGCAUACUCAUGCAGAAAGGUUCUUGCAUUUUUUUUUUUUUCCCCUUUAUGAGAAAAAUAUAAAGUUGUCAAGUUUCACACGUAUUUACUGUUGUAUUACAUUGCUAAUCUUUUUCAUAGAUCCCAAAGUGUCGUGAACACUUGUAAUUUCUUUUUUUCUUUCAUUCUGUUUAGUGGGAAAGUAUGAAGUUGCUGAGUUGUCGGAGCCAUCCAUUUGGAUAUUGUGUUACAUAAUAGCUUUCUUCAAAUGUACCAAAUUAUUGUAGAUACAUGCAAUUAAUUAAUAAGUUGCGUAUUUUCUUCA